UGAACGUAAUCUUUAAUCUUUCAGACCGUUCUUGUAAAGGACUAAAACGGAAAAUGUCAAUGGUGAAAAUAUUCUCCGUUGGGAGAACCUCUGCCCAACUUGUCAGAUCUAACCUCGGUUGUGUCCGGUAUGCUAGUGGAGGAGAUUAUGUAUACGUCAACCCACCUAAGGUUGGACACCCCACAUGGUCAGAAUUAACAAACAAGGGAGCUAACAGUCUUAUUCUGGGAGAAAUAGCCCGAGGAAUGGCGGUUACACUUGGACAUAUUUUCAAGGAGCCAGCAACUAUUAAUUAUCCAUUCGAGAAGGGACCUCUUUCCCCCAGAUUCCGUGGUGAGCAUGCCCUGAGAAGAUAUGCUAGUGGUGAGGAACGUUGUAUUGCCUGUAAACUUUGUGAAGCUGUUUGCCCAGCUCAGGCCAUAACUAUUGAAGCUGAGGAGAGAGCGGAUGGAGCUCGAAGAACAACUAGAUACGAUAUUGACAUGACCAAAUGUAUUUACUGCGGGUUCUGUCAGGAGGCCUGCCCCGUGGAUGCUAUCGUUGAAGGCCCCAACUUUGAGUUCAGCACUGAGACCCACGAGGAGCUGCUCUACAACAAGGAGAAGCUGUUAAACAACGGGGACAAGUGGGAGGCAGAAAUUGCUGCUAAUAUAGAGGCAGAUUAUCUUUAUAGAUAAUCAGAUUAUCUACUGAUAGAUAAUUAUUAUUUUUAUUUUAUGUAGUUCUUGAAUAUAUUCCACCAGACUUGUAUAAUUACAGA